UAGACAACCAGAAGGUCCAGAAAGACGACAACAGCUGUCUAUAGACCAUCUAAUCCUUGUCUCUGUUUCUUCUCUAAACUCAUUUCGCCACCGCAGAGAACAAAGCGAUUUCGGCUUCUGUUGCGGUUCCUUGUCAAAUGGCUAAAACAGAGUCAACAAAUCCGAUCGAUCCAGACAGUGGUUACUGUUCAAAGACAAAGACAUACUACAGCCUUAGAACUUCAGCCCCUCUGCCCCCUCUCGAUCGGCCUCUCUCGAUCGCUGAUUAUGCCUUCUCUCUCCUCCGCGACUCCGCCGUCGACGUAGAAACGAGGUCGUCUUUGGUUAACGCCGCUACUGGACAGAGCCUCACGUUCUCUCGGUUCAUUCGGCAAACGCGGUCUCUUGCUCAAUCACUUGGAAGAUUAUACUCUCUGUCUAGAAACGACGUCGCUUUUAUCCUCGCUCCUCCUUCUAUUCAUGUUCCGGUUCUUUACUUGGCUCUCUUCUCUCUCGGCGUCAUAAUCUCUCCCGCCAAUCCAGUCAGUUCCAAAUCCGAGUUGACUCACCAACUCCAACUCAGUAAACCCGUCAUCGCAUUCGCCACCUCCCAAACAGCCCAAAAACUCCCUUCGCUCCCUCGUGGCACCGUCCUCCUCGACUCGCCCGAGUUCCUCUCCCUCUUAACUCGUUCGAGCGGAAAUGAUUUUCAACCAAUCGAUGUGAAUCAGUCCGACACGGCCGCAAUUCUCUUCUCGUCCGGGACCACCGGUCGAGUCAAGGCCGUAGAGUUGACUCACCGCAACUUAAUCGCAUCUGCGAGGGGUGACCAAUCAGUGGCUGAUUCGGACCAGGCAGAACCGGAUCCAGAUCACGUGUCAUUGUUUACGCUGCCUUUGUUUCACGUGUUCGGGCUGGCAAUGAUGUUGAAGUCGGUUGCAACAGGCACUACGCUGGUGCUGAUGGAACGAUUCGAUUUCGAGACGAUGUUGAGGGCUAUUGAGAGGUACCGUGUGACAUUCAUCCCAGUGUCGCCGCCGCUGAUAGUGGCGAUGGUGAAAUCGGAGCUGACUAAGAAGUACGAUCUCAGCUCGCUCCAGUUGCUCGGGUCGGGUGGUGCCCCGCUUGGAAAGGACGUGAUCGAGAAAUUCAAAGAGAAAUUCCCACACGUUGAAAUCGUGCAGGGGUAUGGUUUAACUGAGAGCACAGCUGGGGCAUCAAGGAUGCUUGGGCCAGACGAAGCUGCGCGUCAUGGUUCUGUUGGCCGCCUAUCGGAAAAUAUUGAAGCCAAGAUAGUUGAUCCUGCAACUGGAGAGGCCUUACCCCCUGGUCAUAGAGGAGAGCUGUGGAUUCGAGGCCCUACAAUCAUGAAAGGUUACAUAGGAGAUGACAAAGCCACCGCUGGUACCUUGGAUUCAGAGGGAUGGUUAAAGACCGGUGAUCUUUGUUAUUUUGACUCCGAGGGGUUCCUUUACAUAGUGGAUAGGUUAAAGGAGUUGAUAAAGUACAAGGCAUAUCAGGUUCCCCCAGCUGAGUUGGAACAUGUACUCCAAUCACAUCCUGAAAUCACCGAUGUAGCUGUGGUUCCGUUCCCUGAUGAAGAUGCAGGGGAAAUUCCCAUGGCCUUUGUGGUGAGGAAACCUGGGAGCAAUCUCACUGAGGCUCAAGUCAUAGAUUUUGUUGCAAAACUGGUUGCGCCAUACAAGAAAGUACGCCGUGUAGCUUUUGUUAAUUCAAUUCCAAAAUCUGCAGCAGGAAAGAUUUUGCGGAGGGAGCUUGUCAAUCUUGCUCUCUCCGCGGGUUCGGCAAAAUUGUGAUCCAAAUCCUUCAACAUCACCCGCUAUUGGCAAGUUAAUAAGCUGCUCUUGAGCAAUUUAUAAG